UCAAAUCUGUAUAUAUAUCUCUCAUUCUUCAUUCUUGUUUGAGAUUUAAUGACAUGAGGUUUAGUCUAGUUUAGUUUAUUUAGGAUCCACAUUUAGCUGCUGCUGUUCUUACAUGUCACAUGAUUUACAUCACUAAAACAGCUUUGAGAAAAUUACAUAAAAACAAUUUAACGAAUAAAUAAACACAUUUUGACAAUAUUGUUAAUUGAAAAGCUGUUAUAUAAUGACAUUCAAUUCACGUCAAGGAACUUACAUUGUCAGUAGUUGACUAAAAAAAUGUUUUAUUGUCUGUUAACAUUUUUACUUCCAUUAAAUAUAACAUACAUUGGCACUAAAUCUCAGAUAAACCCCUCAGCUGGUCAUUUGUGUCUCAGAAAGUCCUUCAUUUUCAUUUGGAUUAUUACUUUUUUCCAGUUUUGUGUAGAUAUCAAAAUAAAUUGCAGUAGCUUAAAGGUGUGAUUGUCCUCAUGUCAGUCACUGGGGGAAAAAGAGGUGGUGUGGAAAGUAUUUUCUGGGUCACCCCAGCAGGCGAUGAAUUGAAGAGUGGAGAGCUGUGAAGUUGCUGCUGUAGCCCAAAGGAAGACAUUUUUCCUGGACCAUAUGGGCCUCUAAAGAUAGAGAGGAGGAAAUUUAUCUUCAAAACAGCCAGCCCUGUUGUACCGCAGUGUUUUUUAUCCUCUCUUUUUAUUCCUGUAGUUCAUUAUCAGCAAAACUGCAGCGUAAGAACGUUAGAUGAAACUAUCAAGUCCAAAUCUGUAAAAAACAAAAGAAUUGUUUCAACUACACGCUUUGUUAAAUCUCAUUAACUCACAUUCAAUCAUCCGUGUUUCUCAAACAACUAAAGACAAGAAAAAUCUCUGAGUCCUAAAGUAUUUCACAAAAUUAUUAAAAUAAAAAAACUGCAAUGAAUGUAUGAGACUUUGUUAGAGGAUGAAAAAUGAGCAUGUGCCUUUAAGAGCUCUAUGUCCCACUCUUCAUGUCUUUCUCUAAGCCUCAUGUGUUUGUUGGCAUCAGCUGUCCUCAGAGCUGAAGAGAGCAAGGACAUCUUUUCUUUCACGACUGGGAUUAGGAGAAGAAGUGGCUUUCUUACUCUGCAGGCUGUCAUCUCAGCUCCAAGAAGACAAAACAAAUCGGACAGGCGACCGAGAGAAGAUGAAGACAAGUGGAAAGUUUGGAUUGCAAAGCAGAUUUUCUUUAAGUUUGCUGCUUUUAGACCUCGAGGGAAAUGGAUUAACAAGCCUGCAGACGCAGAAGAAUCAUCUUAUUUAGUUUCCACCAUAAUGGAGCAUCAGUCUUCUUCACUGUCUUCUGGUGACCAGUUUGCGUCUUGUCCUCCACAACCGGAGCGGAGCGCCCGGCGGAGAAUCGGACGCUCCGAGGAGAGAGCCCCUUUUCCCAUUCCUGGCCUUGCUGCAGACGUCCUGCACAUGCGAGUGAAAGAAGGAAGCAAAAUUCGCAAUUUACUGCGGUUUGCAGCUGCCCGCAUGCAGGGGGAAGGACAGGACGGCAGUGCAGCGGCAGUGAGACAGGUGGUCUUCACAGGCCUGGGCCGGGGCAUCACCAAGACCAUCACCUGCGUGGAAAUCCUGAAACGCAAAGUGGCAGGGCUGCAUCAGGUGUCCAAACUUUGCUACAUGACGGUUAAUGAGGUUUGGGAGAGCGCACCGCAGGAAGCAGCGACCACCACCGUGGAGAGGACGGUGCCGGCCAUCUGCAUCCUGCUCUCCAAAGACCCGCUGGAUCCCCAGGAGCUGGGCUACCAGCCUCCACAAACCUUCAGCGUUCCCACAGAGGAAGAGGAGAGACGCGGGGAUCUGCGAAGAACAGCUGGCAGGCCAAACUCACUGCACACUGCCAAGAGGCUCAGUCUGGAUGAUUGGACCAGAUGUCCUCCUAAAACCUAUAAAGUUUAGCUAAAAAGCCAGCAAAUGUGCAAUUACAUGUUCCUUCUUCGUAGUAAUAUUUGGCUGAAAAAAGUAUUCGUGCUUUUGGUGAAGCAAUUUAUAGCGGUGCACUGAUUUCUUUAAUUUUGGGAGAUCGGUGAUCGGCCGAUACUUACAUGUGAAGCCGAUCUUAUCGACCAGGUUUCCUGUCCUUUUCUGGUCUGCUGUGACAGAGGUUUGACCUCUGACCCAGCAGGUCAUGUCUGCAAGUUUGCAGUCAACAAUAGUCACUCCACUGUUACCAACUCCACCAGUUUCUCACUGCAUUUAGCGACAUUUCAGACAAAAAAGAUGGCAUCAGACAAAAUCAGAAUUGGCAGAUCAGGCUUUUUAAAGAUUGGAAAUCAGCGAUCGGCCAGAAAACUGCGAUCGGUGCACUCCCAGUUAUUAGACACUGCUAUGGGGCUGGACAAUAUGGCUGAAAAACAUAUUAAAUAUAAAUGUUUUUAUAUCAGUUAUUUUAGUUUGACCGACUUAUCAAACUAAAAUUAAGUGAAGUAAAUAAAAAGCGUCAAGUAAAAAAGAGUAGCAAGAUAUAUUCAAAAGUCAACUCAAUUACAGUGUUGACUUUUUAAACUACUUUGAAUAAUUAGUUGAGCUUUCUGUAGUGUUUGAUGGCUAACAUCAAUUGGAAUGUAUAUAUAAUUGAAUUGAGAUUACAUUUCUGUUAAGUGCCUACAAACAUUUGUUGUGAAUUGGCAUUAAAUAAAUAAAACUAAAUUGAAUUGAUUUAUAAUUUCAGUUUCAAGAUUCAUAUUCAUCAGAUUCCUUUUUUGUUGUUGUAAUAAAAAAAACUGUUGUUGUUUUAUUUAGGGAGAAACAUUUAUAUAAGUAACCUAUACAAUCUGCUCCAAAAAGACAUUUGGGCACUACUAUACCUUCUUAUGUAGAGUAAAUAAAACUUUUUUAGUUUAUUAGUUAGUUUCCUUGUUUGUACAAAAGACAAGGAUAUAUAUAUAUAUGUACAUUAUCCAUACUGUAAUUAGCUUCAUAAAUUUUAUUUAGAAAAAGAAUGAUUUGGAUAAUUAUUUCUUCUGCUUUAAAUGUGCUACUUUGAAAUUGUUAUUUUUAUGCAUUUUCUUUUUCAUUUCAGUCUUUAACUACAUUUUCGGCUGUCUGAUGAUGCCAUUGUAAAAUAUUAAAUCAUUUCUUAAAACCUGCCUCUUGCAAAGUCAGAAAUGUCAACAUUGAUCAAAUAUGUGUGGAUUU